GGCCCCGCAGGCGGGGCGGGAGGCGGGCGCGUACGGGCGGAGGGCGGGAGCGGAGCCCGCAGCGAGCAGCGACCCGGCCGCCGCCUCCUCCUCCUCCUCUGCCUCAGCAGCGCCCGUCGGGAGGCGGCCGGGCAGCGCCGCCGCCGAACCCCCGCUCCCCGCCCCGGUUCCUGCCCGCCCCAGCCCCGCCGAGCGCCAUGGCGGCCGCCGAGCCCGGCAGCGCCCGGUACCAGCAGCUGCAGAAUGAAGAGGAGCCAGGCGAGACUGCACCAGUGGUGAAUGAUGCCCCUCCGCCUUACAGCAGCAUUUCUGCAGAGAAUACAGCUUAUUUUGACUACAAGGAUGAGUCAGGAUUUCCAAACCCUCCAUCUUACAAUGUGGCCACAACACUGCCUACUUAUGAUGAGGCAGAGAGAACCAAGGCUGAAGCCACAAUUCCCUUGGUUCCUGGCAGGGAUGAGGACUUUGUGACACGGGAUGACUUUGACGACACCGAUCAGCUGAGGAUAGGAAAUGAUGGCAUUUUCAUGCUAACAUUCUUCAUGGCGUUCCUCUUCAACUGGAUUGGAUUUUUCCUGUCUUUCUGUCUGACUACUUCAGCUGCAGGACGAUAUGGGGCCAUUUCUGGGUUUGGUCUGUCUCUUAUUAAGUGGAUCCUUAUUGUUAGGUUCUCCACCUAUUUUCCUGGUUACUUUGAUGGCCAGUAUUGGCUUUGGUGGGUCUUCCUCGUACUAGGUUUUCUGCUGUUUCUCAGAGGAUUUAUUAAUUAUGCAAAGGUUAGGAAGAUGCCAGAUACUUUUUCCACUCUCCCCAGGACCAGAGUUCUCUUUAUUUACUAAAGAUGUUUUCUGGCAAAUGUCUUCCUGCAUUAGUGAAUUCUCCCUCAAGAAGCAACAGGACACCUGCAGGAAGUGAAUCAAGAAUCUGGAGCAGAAGAAAAAAUAAUCACCUGCUUUAAAAUAAAUAAAUAAAAGUACUGUUGGGAAAAAAAAAAAGGAGAAACAUUUCUUUCUAUUUGUUUCUAGGUGUAAAAUUUUAAUAAUUAAUGCAGAAUUCUGUAAUCAUUGAAUCAUUAGUGGCUAAUGUUUGACAAAGCUAUUGCAGUCGAGUCUGUGACGUGCUCAUAAAGGCUUCUCUAGAUAGUUUCUGUCGUGAUUCGGGUAGCAGGAGCCCCGUCCCCGGAGCCAGCAGGGGCCAGGCUUGCUUUAUUUCCUCCUCCAUCGCGGAGCGGGUCGGGCUGGGCUCUGCCCCGGGGAACGCUGACCCGAAGGGCUGAGCUGGGGGGGGGGGGCUGGAGCCAGGGCUCUGCCCCGAAAUCCAGCAGCACCUGCGCGCCCCGCGGCCGGCAGGAGGGAUGGGCCUCGGCAGGACGGAUUCCUGAGCUGUAAGCAGGAGAGAGUAUUAUUUUGAAGGUGGCACAAGUAUUAAUUUUUUUAAUAGUCUAUAUUCUCAAUGUUGUAGUAUACUUUACUUUCCUACUGCCUACUUUUUGGACUAUAUAGAGAUUUUCGCGGUACACAUUGGUAGUGUAAAAAUGAAAGAUAAAGUUGCAAUUUUGUAUAAAAAAUUGCCUUGCAAAACAAAGGCUUUUUUUUCUGUUUUGUUUUUUGUUUGUUUGUUUUUGAUUUGUUUUUUUUUUUUUUUUUUAAUUUGGCUUGGGACUCUUGAGACAACUCCUAACAUACCUGUAAUUCUUGCUUUUAUAAUUUGUGUUAGCAGAGACUAUGAUGCAUUAUAAAUGUAGAUUUAAUGUGCACUUUUGUGCUUUCUGCCAAGUGGUAAUUCACUUUGGAGUUUUACUAUGUUAAAACUGUAAAUAUAGCAGAACAUUAAUAAAUGUCACUUAUGUAGCAA